AUGCCAGCUGUGGGCGGCCCACAGCCUCCGUGCUUCCUGGACCACCAGUGCCCCCUGUCCACUGCUGUGAGUGCUGCCCCGACUCUCACGCAGCCUUCCCACUGGCGCAGGAACCGGCCCAUCAACGUGAACCAUUACGCCAACAAGAAGAGUGCGGCCGAGAGCAUGCUGGACAUCGCGCUGCUGAUGGCCAAUGCCUCCCAGCUGAAGGUGGUCAUCGAGCAGGGCCCCAGCUUUGCCUUCUUCAUGCCGCUGGUGGUCCUCAUCUCCAUCUCCUUGGUGCUGCAGAUCGGCGUGGGUGUGCUGCUCAUCUUCCUUGUCAGGUACGACCUCAACAACCCUGCCAAGCACGCCAAGCUGGAUUUCCUCAACAACCUGGCCACGGGCCUGGUGUUCAUCAUUGUAGUGGUGAACAUCUUCAUCACUGCCUUCGGUGUCCAGAAGCCUGGGGUAGACGCAGCGCCCCGGCAGUAGGGGCUCAGAUGCCCCCAUCACACCCUGCUGCAGCUGCCAGACCCCGGGAGCCACCUGACCCCUGAGGUCUACUCCCUGCCUGAGGCAUUCCCCGAAACCACUGGAGCCCUGACCGGGCCCACUGGACUGUGUCCCGGGUUAAGCCUCCCAUGGUUAGGCCACCAGGGGCCAAUGCAUGGCCUGCUCUGCCCUCAGCUGCUCUCCCUGGAGUGUGGGCUGGUGAGGUCCGAGACAGAACUGGCGAGCCCCCAAGGAGGGUUGUCACCACGGCCACACGGCAGGCCCAAGGAUGGACUGGCCAGGGCCAGAGGGGUGGGGAGACACCCUACCCCAUGCCAGCUGUGGGCGGCCCACAGCCUCCGUGCUUCCUGGACCACCAGUGCCCCCUGUCCACUGCUGUGAGUGCUGGUACGGCCAUCUGCCAGCCAUGCCAGGCAGGCCCCAGCCCCACUUUCCUAAGCAGCCACACCAAUAAAGCUAGCUGAGGCCCCUGCUCCAAA